CUACAGCCAUGAGUGAUUGGGAGGAAGAAAACGAUAUUGAAGUCUCCAUUCCUGUGAGCAAGAAGUGGGAUGACGAAGAUGUUGAGGAAGAUGUCAAAGAUUCCUGGGAAGAUUCUGAUGAGGAAGCCAAGCCUGAGCAACCCGCGGUUGUGAAGAAGAAGGUUCCUCUUGCUCAGAAGAUUGCUGAGAAGAAGAUUGCCGAAGAAGAGAGAAAGAAGGAGUUGGACGCCAAGAAGGCUGCUUUGGCCAAGGCAUUGGAGGAAGAGACUGAAGAGGAUGCGUUUGAUCGUAAGCAGCGUAUGCGCCAAUUGGAGAUUGAUGCCGACUUGAACAAUGCCACCGAUCUGUUCUCUGGCGUAUCUGUAUCCAAGGAUAAGGCUGAGGCUCCUAUUGAGGAUAUGAAGCCCAAGACUCGUGUUGAGUUUGAGCAGUACCAAAAGCGACUUUCAGCUAUGAUUGUUGCCAACUCUAAAAGCAUUAACUAUGCCAACUUUGUCGAUCAACUGGUCCGUGAGUUGUGUGUCCCUAUGAAGGACAUGGACGUGCGCAAGGCUGCUUCUAGUUUGACUGCCAUGGCCAAUGACAAGCAGAGAGCUGCUAAGGAAGCUACCAAGACCAAGAAGAAGGGCAAGCCCCAGCUUACUGGAGCUGGUAAGACUGGUGUCCGUGAUGACAUGAACACCUUUGAGAGCAACUACGAUGAUUUUGAUGACUUUAUGUGAACAACCAAAAACAAAAAAGAUUAAAAAAGCAUGAAAACUAAAACCAAGAAGUAUAUGUAUAAAAAAUAUUUUUUUUUAAAAAAAAUAAUGAUAAUAAUAAUAAUGAGAAGAAGAGGAUUGUUUUAUAUUGAAGCUGCUCGCUCUGUACAUCAAUAAAUAAUUAAGUAGAUUUGUAACCUUCC